AUGCCUCAUCAGCCACCUGUCACCGUCAAUAAUGAAGUUGCUGGACGUCAGGACCCUGUAACUGCUGCCAUACCACCACCAAGGCCUCAUCAGCCACCUGUCACCGUCAAUAAUGAAGUUGCUGGACGUCAGGACCCUGUACCUGCUGCCAUACCACCACCAAGGCUUCAUCAGCCACCUGUCACCGUCAAUAAUGAAGUUGCUGGACGUCAGGACCCUGUAACUGCUGCCAUACCACCACCAAGGCCUCAUCAGCCACCUGUCACCGUCAAUAAUGAAGUUGCUGGACGUCAGGACCCUGUACCUGCUGCCAUACCACCACCAAGGCUUCAUCAGCCACCUGUCGCCGUCAAUAAUGAACUUGCUGUACGUCAGAACCCUGGACCUAUUGCCAUACCGCCACCAAUGCCUCAUCAGCCACCAGUCACCGUCAAUAAUGAAGUUGCUGGAUUACACAUGAAACAGUUUGGAUUGAUGCAAGGAGUCUCAGUAGUUUGGUGGAUAUGA